AGGUUUCUCCGAUUGUACUUCUGACAUUGAAUAUUUUGCUGGACGUUACGAUCCAGACACAAGACUUUGGCUACUGCAAGAUUUCAACAAGUGGUUCAGUGAUUCUGGUAACUCCAGAGCCUAUGUGCUGCUGGGUGAUGCCGCAGUUGGCAAAAGUGUCAUGGCUGCUGUCGUCAUUCAGAGAGCAAAGAAAGAUGGAAACAUGGCAGCUGCGUACUUUUGUCGUCACUACGAUGGCACACGUCGUGAUCCCAGGUAUCUGCUUGGUACUAUCGCUUAUCAACUGUGUAAUUGUAAUAGUCAAUAUGAUAGAGUUGUGGGAGGGGAAUCCGGGAUACAAAAUAUGUUGACUAAUGCUAAGCUAGGAGUUCACGAGCUGUUUACAAAAUUGCUAGAAGAGCCAUUAAGUAAAUGCAGUCCCAUUGCGAAAAAACUUGUUGUGAUUGAUGCACUAGAUGAGGCAGAGUAUUUGUCCAGAAAAGAUUUUCUUGAUCUCAUAAUGAACCGUUUUCCAAUGCUUCCUAAAUGGCUCGUUUUCUUCAUCACUAGUCGACCGGAGGACAUCGUCCAUUUCAAAUUGCAAACGUACAACCCAUGUAUUCGAAUUUGUGCAGGUAAUAGCGAUAGUGCAGGCUUUUAUGAACAGCAUAAACAGGAUAUUCAGCGCUUUUUAGAGAAUAAGAUAAACUUUGUGGGUCUGCCCUACACUGCUGAACAACUAACAGAAAAAUGCAAUGGAAUGUUUUUGUACGCUUUCUACAUUGCGGAACAUCCUGACCAGUUUAAGGAUGGUGCACAUAUUUUCCCUGAUAAUAUUAACGAAUUCUUCUACAAAAAUUUCGAACGCGUCAAAGAAAAAAUAGGUAAGGAUAUUUAUAGAAAAUUGUUCGGCUGUGCUUUGGUGGCGCCUUCUCCACUUCCUGUUUCAUUUAUUUCGUUUCUUUUGAAAAGAGAAAACAACGCUUUAAAUGAGCAAGAAGUGAUUGAUGCUGUUUCGCUGUUUGUUGCCUUACGAACUUCAGAUAAAACCUUUGCGUUUCUUCACGCUUUGAUUCCGUCCUGGUUAACUGACGUACAAAAGGCGUCUCGAGAAUUGUUCAUUGACAAAGUUGUGUCAAGCAAAUACUUUACAAAAAUCAUCGUUGAAUUUCUCCAUUGUUUUCUUGAAGAACAACAAAAUGACCCUUCGUUUGACGAGACUUCACCCGAUGUAGUGACAUAUAUCUUAGUUAUUGGAUUUCGUUUGUUGUAUCAGUCAGGUACAGAUGUGUCUGUUAACUCUGAAAUUGUUUUUAGGUGCCUGACAAACUACUACUUUCUUAAGCAGCGAUUAGAAAGUAACAAACUAGGAAUUUAUUCUCUCCUUGAAGAUCUAGAGUUAUCUGUUUCCAAUAUGGCGUUUGAUCAGGAGAAAAAAGCUAUCCUAGAUAACAUCGCUUCGGUUCUUAGGGAAGACAAAUAUAUUGUUCUUGGAAGUUCUGAACUUCUCGCCUCUUGUCUCCGGAAAGCAUCUCAGCUUACACAGGCCAAUAUUAGGCCUCCAAAUGUUUUAGCUCACAGUGGAAUUAUCCAAGUCCAGUCAUGUAAUGCAUUCGAUCAUUCGAUCUUUGUCAGGAAUAUUUUAUGUGACAUGAAGUUCUGUACAUCCUCUCAUAACAAAAGCUUCCCUGCUGGAGGGAAAGGACGAUAUAUAUUUUUGUAUGACUCGGGUUCUUUCCAAAAAAUUUUCGGGCCAAUUGAGGUGGCGAUUGAAAGUAACCAAUGUAUAUCGCAUUUGGAAUUUUCACCAGAUGACAAAUUCAUAUUUUUUGGGAGACUUGACCGAUGGUUAUCAGUGGAGGAAGAAAGUGUCGUGGAGAAAACUCAGUUUAAAGGGAACUCUAAAUGUUAUGAAUGGGGUUCGUUUAUUUCUGAUGGCCAAUAUAUUGCGGUGAGUAGGCAAAUUCCUAAACAUCCCUUUUGUUUGCGUCACAUGCUUUCUAGAUGGGCAAUUAAGGAGUUGGCUUUAUGUGGUGAACUUUGUCCGAAAGAAAGAUGGUUAGGUUAUACUCGGGAAAUGCAUGAUGAAAUCCUCUUACCGUUUGCUGGUUCGCACAAAAAUUGUGAGAACUAUAAAGAACUUGACAAUCCGGAGAUGGAUAUUCGCGAAAGAAUUUCUUUUUAUUAUGCUGAUAUCUUUGAGCGUCAAAUCUGGAAUGUCGAGACUGGAAGGCCUGUGUUAGAAGAGAUGUUUUCCUCGCAGAUGAAGUCAAUGCCAUUUUUCUAUCUUUGGCACAUUUUUUCAGUCAUGCCUAUUGAAUAUAUCAUAUCACAUGCAGAAGAUAUUGCGCUUCAUGACAUUGCAAUAUUUCACGCCUUUUCUAGAAUUUUUGGUCGGGUGAUCACUGUAAUGGACGAACUGACAACUGACUAUACAAGCAUCAGUGAGGAACGUUUUUUUGAACGUUUUUUUGAAGAAUCUCAGCUUUUAAGGGAACGUUUAUUGCAUUAUGUAAAUGCAAAAUUACGUAGGGAGCAGGAGACCAUCUUUAAGGACUGUUCUCCGUGUGCAUUAACUGUAGAAGAAGAUCACCUGCCAAGUGAGAAAAAUAUUCAUUACAUUUCCCAAAGUUUAGAACAUGAUCUAUUGAAAAAGAUAGGUCUUCUAGAGAGGGACGAUAUCUCUUUAAUGCCUUUUACAACAUGGCAGAAAAGGUUUUACGGCAAACAUUAUCUUCUCGGAGCAACGGUAAACGAAGAUAUGUUAGAACAGUCUUCUCGAGGUAAAAAUAGAUAUACUUUGCCUGCAAAGUGUUUUGGUGACUCUCGUAGUGCCACUAAUGGGAAACAGCUUGCGAUAGUUAUUAAUAGUAAGUUCAAGCUGCUUGAAGCUGAUAUAAACGAAAGAUUUCGGAAAAAUCCUACAGCUUGUUUUCUCUAUAUCGAAAUGUUGUAUGAUCUUGCUUUCAUCCACGACGAUUAUAUUUUCUAUGUUUCUGGGCAGAAACUGUUCAAAGGUUCUCUUCAGACAGGCAAAGAUAUUGAGUGUACUUCACGAUUUGUCCCGUUUCGUUGCUCAUUUGAACACGACCACCACGGUGAAUUUCAAUAUAUUUUCAGUGGCUUUGACAAUGAGACCAAAGGUAUCUUAUUGCAAAAUUUGCCUGGAGAAUUUCUUCGUAAAUGCCUGUUUAGAAAAUAUACUAAACCGACUCAGCCAGAUAAAGUUACAUUCACCUCACCUCAUUCAAUAACAUUUCUCUUUGACGAUGGAUUGUGCCUUUCGUACAACUUAACCGAUAAAGACAUGAUCCAGCACGACAUUCGAUACUUAGGUAAGAAUGAGCACUCAACAAAGGGCCUCGUGAAGAAAUUUACUUUUUCUCAUGGUGGAAAAAUAAUCGCUAUGCACCAAGGAUCUGAGCUCAUUUUAUUUAAAGGUGGAGAGUUUCUUUGCUCAGUUUUUAAUGUCAAAGAAGAAUGUGAACACAUUUUUCCUUGUCUAACAUUUUCAACUGAUGAUUCUUUACUUCUAUUUUCCGUCCAAAAAGGUGGUGAUGACCAGUCUUUCUACGUAUGGGAUGUGACGAAUAGCGUUUUGUCUGAUCCUUUAAGCCUUCCAUAUACGAUGCAUAUAGAAAGUGUUUGUUUUUCUUCAAAUAGGACCAAGUUGUAUUUCUGUAACGCAUUGUCUGUUAUGGUACUAGAUUAUCCUCCAAAGCUCUCUGCUAGAUCUUUUAACUUUUUGGAUGUGCCUAACGUGCAUCACAUAGCACAACGUAAAUGUAAUUACUGCACCGUCUCGUCUGACAAUAAGCUAUUGGCUUGUUGUAUUGGUAAUGAGAUUCUUAUCCACCCUGUUAAUGGUCCAAAUAGUUUUUGGAAUGUGCCAAACAAUCAUACGGGUAGAAUUGAAUAUUGCAAAUUUCUGCGAGAGAAUCGCUAUCUGAUAUCUUACGGUAUCGAUGGUGUUGUGUUUUUGUUUGAUCUCUUUGUGUGGAAAUCCAUCGCAUACGUGAGUCAAGGAUCGAUUAUCAGCAUGGCGAUGUCUCCAGACCAGGACAAAAUUGUUUCGCUUGGAUCUUCUGGUGAGAUAAGAAUGGUUAAACUCUUCGGGCUCAAAUCCGGGCUGCCUCCAAAUUUCAAGUUACCCUCAGAUUUUCGUGUGCAAGCGAAUAGCGAAAAACAAGAAUGGAAAGUUCUUCCACAAAACCUUCCAUCAUCUUUUGAAAAAGAGCAUUUGAUUGAGAUGACAUUUUCUGAUCAUAGCAAUAGCAAUACUAGCAGUGACGAAGAUGAAUCAGGUUAGAUUUCACUUUUGGCCAUGCACAUGCAGUAAU